GGCAGGAGCCACUUUAGGACAUGGAUCCCAAAGGAGCAAGAGGUACCAGGAAGCACCGCUGAUCUGCACAGACCCCUUUGCCUGCUGCUGCCCCACAGGGAACAGGGAGCUGCUGAGGAGCCGCAUGGUCCAUCCCUGGAUUCUCCAAGCACUGACUCCCCAUCCACUCUGACCACAGCCAGGGGCCACAUCCCACCACCUGCCCAGCGUCCAUCCAUGGAGGUGAGCACCGUGUCCCCAUCUCCCACCUCACCGACCGACGGACCUGGUCAGUGUGAGACCAAUGUCUCCAACGUGGCCAUAGACCUUGUGACUCUGCUCUUCGGCCUCUGUGGGCUGGUUGGGAACGGGGCUGUCCCUUGGCUCCUCCACAUUGAUGCCAUCACUUACUUUGUGGCCUUCAACCAGGCCAGCAUUGAUUUCCUCUUCCUCAUCAUUAUGGUCCCCUCUGCCCUGCUUUUCCUUGUGGAGGAAGUGUCCUGCUCUGCUAUAAUGCCCCUGAUGUAUCUGAGCUUGCUGUCCCAGCUGUCAGUGGUCUCCUACAAUAUAGGGCAGUACCGGCUGACAUUCAUUAGCAUUGAGAGGUGCAGGUCCAUCCUCUGCCUGUUUUUCUGUGGUUGCCAACUUCCUGAGCGCCUGCUGUUGGUGGUGAUGAAAACCCUGUUCUGGGCCUUGUUCUUUGUUGUCACCGCUGUCAUUCCCACGGUGACUUCCCAGUGCCAGUCACAUGAGCAGGAGCAAUGCCGGGUGGCUCUCACCUCCAUGUACGCCCUCAACCUCUUCCUAUUCGCUGCACCCAUGGUCAUUUCCAGCACAAUCCUCUUCAUUCAAUUCAAGCCCGGCUCCCAGCAGCAGCAACAGAAGAGACUCGACAUUGUUAUCUUCCUCAUUGCACUCUUUAGUCUGCCCCUCAGUCUCUGGAAUUUACUGCAGCAGCUCAGUUACACAGUUGUGCCCUCCAAGGCGGUUUUCCUGCUCACCUGCAUCACCAGCAGCAUCAAACCCUUCAUCUACUUCUUGGUGGGGAGCUGGAAGAGAGACUGCUCCAUGGGGAGCUGCUGGAGACACUGCUCCAUGCAGUCCCUAAGGAAGGCGCUCCACAGGGUAUUUGGGGAGCCAAAAGGAAACACUGCCUGUGGAAAUGAUCCCAACAUGGACACAGAGGUCUGAUUCUGUUGAUUCCUCCUGCUGCACUGCUGAGAGACCCUGGGACUGUGGCUGAGGGAUUCCUUGAGUGACCUGAUUGAUAAAUCCCCACAGGGUCACCCUCCCCGUGCUGGUGCAUCCCCCACCCCCUUUCCAGGCCGCACUGGGCUCUGAUUCGUGCUUGGGAGGCCUCAGCCUUGAGGAGCAGCCCCUGGGCUCAGCUCCUCUGGCGCUGAUCAGAAACACCCUCUGCUCCCAGGAACUGCUGCUGGCCAACGACCCCCUGGGCUUUUAUCAACAGCCUUGGGAAUUAUUUCACUUCCCUGAAUGCCACACCAUCCCUGCUCCCACACUUUCACAGAAAGUUGCCUGCCUGAAGCGUGGCCAGGGUGAAACAUUGCUGUGGCUGAAGCCCAUCCCUUGGGGCCCUGUAAGCAGCGGUCCAAAAGGAGACCCUUGGAGCUCUCCUGGGCCCAGCAGCGCUGACCAGAAGCUCCGUGGCAGUGGGGCCUCUCCGAGCUGGGAUCUCUCCCGUCUGCUGCCCUCGGGUGAUGCCCCAACGCCGACGGCUCCUGGGCCGAUCCCCCAGCGCUCGAGGCCCAAGCCUUGGCACAGUGAGGAGAUGCAAACGGAUCCGCAGUGAGCAUUUCACUGCCUCCCAGGGGAAUUUCUCACAGGCACCUUGCACUGACUCUUUCUCUCUGUGUGCACACACCUGUGCAUCUGCUCUGGCAAAUGUGGGGGAGAUGCUGCUCUCUCAGGUGUUCCAGUACCUGAGACAUCUGAGUGAGUCAGGCCUGGAAGCAAGGUUAAGGCAUAAAUAAGGUUAAAUGCUGCUAAGUGAUAUUCCUCUGCUGAAUUGCUAAUUUUAAUGUAUAACUGAAGUACUGUUAAGUUUGAGUGCUGUAAAGCUUUUAGGCCAUUUUCCUUUUUAUCGUUAUCCUUUUGUCACGCACAGCUGAACACACCCACAAACUCACACACAGAGACAGCAUUUUGGUGUGAUGUUGCUUAUUAUUAAACCUGGGUUUUGCUGA